AUGUUGGUCUCUUUUUUCGCAUCCGUCGCAACUGUUAUCCCGGUCUUCGUCGUCGCAUACUUCGAUGCACACUCCAAUGGGUUGGCUCACACCCCUGCCAGACACGAUUUAAUCCUAAUUGCAUUGGCAGACAAACCGGAGUGGUUUUUACAGAUGUCCCCCUCGGGGAAAGUGCCGAUGCUUCUGAACGAGGGAGCCAAACUGAUUGAAUCGGAUUUGAUUAUGCGAUUUGUGGACGAGCUCCGAGGCACAGAUGCACAAUUGCUCAGUGUGUGUGGAAUGGAAACGUUCAAUGAGGCACUCGCCGAGGAAGAUGAGAAAGCGUUCCGGAGCGCAUGUGAUGAAUUGAACAAGACCAUCAAAGGUGAAUAUUUUGCCGGCAAUCAGUUGAGUCUGGCCGAUUUCGCUUUGUUUCCCAUGUUGGAUCGAUUAGAGGUGAUUGUGAAUCAGCUGGAAACUCACGCUGCCGCGGAUCACGUGACCGAAUGGACUGCAACGAAUGCGAAAGCAAGCAAAUGGCCUGUGUUGGCUGAUUAUUUGCUUCGAAUGCGAUCGCUUCCAGUGGUAGCCUCGUUCCGCCAGCCCACUCGCAUUCAGUCGCUAUAUGCGGAAUCGAUGCGACGCGGUGCCUCCGAUCCGGAAGUUGUAUAA